AUGUCUGGAAAGUCUCAGAAUGAAUUUAUUCAGUUGUUAGCUGAUGCUGUCCGUGAGGACAUAGUGCAUGAAGUGUCCAUUGCUGGCAUGUUUGGUGUGAUGGCUGAUACAACACCAGAUAUCUCAAAUAAGGAUCAGUUGGCAGUUGCUGUUCGUUAUUUGGAUACAAAUGACCAGCGUGUAGAACGCCUUAUUCAAGUGAAAGAAGUGACAGAUAAAACUGGGGAAGGAAUGGCAAACGCACCUCUAUCGUCACUAGCGGAGUGUAAGAUUGACAAUUCAACCUUGUGUUUUCAGACAUAUGACAGCGCUUCCAAUAUGUCGGGAAAAUGCAAUGGAGCACAAAAGAAGCUUUCAGAAAAGGUUGAAAGAGAGAUAAUCUAUGUACCAUGUAUUGCUCAUGGGGCAAACUUAGUCAGCGAACACAGCAGUAACUCUAGUGCCCUCAUAAAAAACAUGUAUGAAGUUCUGGAAGCAAUAUACGUGUUUUUCAACGCAAGUACAAAACGUUCAAAGGCAUUAGCUGAUCUACUGAAAGAAGUUGAAAAUUCACUACAAUUAAGGAAUCUGUCAAAAACACGAUGGACAGUUCGUCCUGAGUCAGUCGAAGCCGCAUGGAGAAGCUUUGAUACUGUUGUUGAAGCACACAGAGCAUUAAAUUGUAGUGAAAAAGCUAAUCCAGAUACCAAAACCAAAGCAUCUGGUUUACUGGGUCGAAUGCUAAGAUUUGAUUUCAUUAUUUCACUAAUGUUCGCUAAAAACGUUUUCAUCAAGACCAAGAUGAUGACGAAGGUGCUAGAAAGAGAAACCCUUGACAUAACUGGAGCUAUAGAAGCUUUAACAAUGACGAGAGAAAACAUUCAGAGAAUCAGAGAAUCAGAUGCGGAAAUAGACGAUCUUAUAGAUGCAUCUGUGUCAUUUGCUUCCAAUUUCGAAGUGGUUGCAAUUUCUGAGUACGAGAGAUAUCAUCGAACUAGAAGAUUACCUAGGCGCCUUGACGAAAGACAAAACACCACUGCCGAGAUGGAAAUGCCUAAAUUUUAUAGGAAAGAGUUUGCUCUUGUUCUGGAUACCCUUCUUUUACAAAUACAAGAGAAAGCUGAGAACAUAAAGUCUGCAUUGAAACCUCUGUUGGACGGUCUGUGCCCAACACAACUGCAGACUUAUGAACAAAUUGAAAAACUUUGCCAGAUCUAUCCAAAUGACCUCCCACACCCAGCCUUGUUGUUUGCCGAAUCUGAAAUGUUCCUUCCAUACCUUCAUGAACCUGCGAAAAGUAAUAGCAUCUCAGAGUCAGAUAUUACUUACAGAUACGCUGCUGAUCUAGCCCUUCGCCAAAGUCGUGUUGGCCUAUUUCCCUUGCUAGCAAAAGCAUACAGGCUUUUGCUCACCGCAGCUCCCACAGUAUGCAAAGACGAGAGAAGUUUUAGUAAGCUUAAGUUUGUCAAGUCCCGCUGUAGAAAUUCAAUGGACAAUAAAAGACUUGAUUCUCUUAUGCUUUUGGCAUGCGAAAAAGAUCUGGCUGAGAAGGUUGAUCUCCAAAACCUUGGCAAGGUGUGGUCUGGAAUUAAACACAGGCGCAUUAAAUUGAUAUGA